UCGAUGUCCAAAUCACAGUUCGUCAGGACUUGAACAAAGCAACAACCAUGAUCCGAGCUCUCGUUCUCCUCAGUGUCUGUGUCGCUAUGGCGUACUCCGCCGGAUACCAACCCGGUGCUUACAUUCCCGGUGGUCACAUUGGAGCUGGACAUGGUGGUGGUAUCGGCAGUGGCAUCAUCGGUAGAGGCGGAAGUCAGUGGGGCUCUAGUCGGCAGUGGUCUAGCCAAGGAGGAAUAGGAGGACACGGUGCUGGCAUUGGAAGUGGAAUAGGAAGAAUCAUCGGAGGUGGUCCCAGAGGCGGACAUAUUGGCGGAAGACAAGGGGGGAUCAACGGGGGUGGUCACGGAUGUGGGCCCUAUGGUUGUAACCAAUACGGACGUAAAUAGGUAAAACAUCCGUGGAAUAUUUAGCAAAACAACAAACAAAUAUUGAUUUAAUUUUUGUUAUUUCUUUUCACUUCAGAAUUAAAUGCUAUUUUUUUUUCUUUUUUCCAGAUCAAUAUAAGUGGAAAUUCAUCUUGUUAUUUAUUUAUUUGAAUUGUAAAGCCAGUAUUUAUUUUUCAAAUGUUACAAUGUACAAUCAAAUGUUCAAAAUAAAAGUCUGAAAAUAACCUCUGUUUGAUGAGUUGUUCUAAGAUUACUCACGUCCAUACUAGACCUGCCCUAAUGGGACAAAUGUUCCCACGUGGUUUAUUACUACAUAUAUUUGGGUAUAUUUUAAACAUGUGAUAUUUCAAAUACAGAAGUGUUAAACAGAAAUAGAGAUCUUAAAUGUGAAAGGUGAAGAUAACGAACAGUGAUCAAUCUCAUAACUCCUUUAAAGGGGCGUGGGCAC